CCGGGACACCGUUGUAUUCUGGGAUCGCGGCGCCGUCUCUGAGACGCUCGGAUCCACAGGGGAGACCACUCGAUAGCGCCUCCUGUCGUCUGUAAGGCUGCCCUGCCAUUCUCUGACACCCCAACUCUCCCCCAUCACCCCCCCUUCGCCUCCUCCUCCAUCCUCCAGUUCAAAAUGGCGGCGGCGGCGGCAGCGGCGGCGGCGAUGGCUCCUCCAGGCUGCCCAGGUUCGUGCCCCAACUUUGCCGUAGUCUGCUCCUUCUUGGAGCGCUAUGGGCCGCUGCUCGACCUGCCUGAAUUGCCGUUCCCGGAGCUGGAGCGGGUACUGCAGGCGCCGCCGCCAGACGUCGGCAACGGAGAAGUACCAAAAGAAUUGGUGGAGCUCCACUUAAAGUUGAUGAGGAAGAUUGGCAAAUCUGUUACAGCAGACAGAUGGGAAAAAUAUUUGAUCAAGAUAUGCCAAGAGUUUAAUAGCACCUGGGCAUGGGAGAUGGAAAAGAAGGGCUAUCUUGAAAUGAGUGUUGAAUGCAAACUGGCACUCUUAAAGUACCUCUGCGAGUGUCAGUUUGAUGACAAUCUCAAAUUCAAGAAUAUUAUUAAUGAGGAAGAUGCCGACACUAUGCGUCUCCAGCCAAUUGGCCGAGACAAAGAUGGCCUCAUGUACUGGUACCAGUUGGAUCAAGAUCACAAUGUCAGAUUGUACAUAGAAGAACAAGAUGAUCAAGAUGGUUCAUCAUGGAAAUGCAUUGUCAGAAAUCGAAAUGAGUUGGCUGAGACUCUUGCACUCCUGAAAGCACAGAUUGAUCCUGUACUAUUGAAAAACUCUAGCCAACAGGACAGCUCUUCCCGGGAAAGCCCCAGCUUGGAGAAUGAGGAGACUAAAAAAGAGGAAGAAACACCUAAACAAGAGAAACAGCAAGAAAAUGAAAGGAUGAAAGUUGAUGAGCAGCCAGUCGAUUCAGAAAAUCUUUCUACACCCCGUGUUCUUGAAGAAACUACUGUGAAAAUAGAAAAAGAUGAUGAAAAGGAACUUGUGAAACUGCCAGUCAUAGUGAAACUAGAAAAACUUUUGCCAGAAAGUGAGGACAAAAAGAUCAUCAAAGAAGAAAGUGAUUCCUUCAAGGAAAAUGUUAAACCUACUAAAAUUGAAGUGAAAGAAUAUCGAGUAGACCCUAAAGAUAUUAAAAGUAGUAUGGAGAAACUAGUGGCACAGGAGCCUGAGAGACUAGAGUUUGGUGGCAAUGUUAAAUCUUCUCAAGAAAUUACUGAGAAAUCUACUGAAGAAACUGAGAAACUUAAAAAUGACCAGCAGGCUAAGAUACCACUGAAAAAGCGAGAAAUUAAACUGAGUGAUGAUUUUGACAGUCCAGUCAAAGGACCUUUAUGUAAAUCAGUUACUCCAACAAAAGAGUUUUUGAAAGAUGAAAUAAAACAAGAGGAAGAAACUUGUAAAAGAAUCUCUACAAUUACUGCUUUGGGCCUUGAAGGGAAACAGCUGGUAAAUGGAGAAGUUGGUGAUGAAAAGGUAACUCCAAAUUUUAAGACAGAACAAAUAGAAUCAAAGUUGUCUGAUGCAAAGGAAGAUAGCUGUAGCCCCUCUAAGGACAAAAAUGUCGUUGUAGAGGGAAAUGGAGCAGAGUCCUUAAAUUCUGUUUUAACAAGUACAAAAAUAGGUGAGCUUGAGAAGGAAGUGGUCCUUGUAGGGAAAGAUACAGAUAAUUCAAUCUCAGUUUCAGAGACCCCGAGUCAGAAAGGACAACUUGGUUCUCCAGAAAUGGAAACCUCUCUUAAGACUUCUGAGAUGACAAAGGAUCUCUCUCUAAAAAGUAUUUUAUCUACCAAUGAAUCCUGUACCAUGAAAAUUGAAGAGAAAUCUCUGAAGAGUAAGAAAGAUAAGCGCCCACCACGCCUAGAAUGUCUUGAAAAGUUAGAGAAGUCCAAAAAGACUUUUCUUGAUAACGACACACAAAGAUUGAGUCCAAUACCAGAAGAAGUUCCAAGGAGUACUGAAAAAGAGCCAGAAAAGCCAGGCUCUCCAGAGGCAGCUGAAACUUCACCAUCCAACAUGACUGGUCUCUGUGACAAACUAGCCUCAGAAAAAGAAGUGGUAGAGUGUCAGAGCACAAGUUCUGGUGAAGGUCAGCCCUUGGAAGCAGGAAACUCAAAAAUCCUAAAAGAGAAUUCUGAGUCAUUAAAGGUGGAAAUGGAUAAUCUAAACAAUGCCCAGGCCUCUGUCAUAGAGGAUUCUUCUGAAACAAAGGGUUCUAUACAAAAAAGUAAAUUUAAGUAUAAAUUGAUUUCUGAAGAAGAAACCACUGCCUCAGAAAAUAGAGAAAUAACCUCUGAAAGGCAGAAAGAGGGUAUCAAAUUAACUAUUAGGAUAUCCAGUCGGAAGAAGAAGCCAGAUUCUCCCUCAAAAAUUGUAGAACCAGAAACCAAGCAAGAGAAGAUGGAAAAGGAAGAAGAGAAAGCAAAUGUGGGUCGUACUUUAAGGAGGUCUCCAAGAAUAUCUAGACCCACAGCAAAAGUGGCCGAGAUUAGAGAUCAGAAAGCUGAUAAAAAAAGAGGGGAAGGAGAAGAUGAAGCAGAAGCAGAGUCAGCAGCUUUGCAAAAAACAGACAAAAAAGAAAAUUUGAAAAAAACGGAGAAGGAUACAAAUUCUAAAGUAAGCAAGGUAAAACCCAAAGGUAAAGUUCGAUGGACUGGUUCUCGAACACGUGGCAGGUGGAAAUAUUCCAGCAAUGAUGAAAGUGAAGCGUCUGACAGUGAAAAAUCAUCUGCAGCUUCAGAAGAGGAAAAAGAAAAGGAAAGUGAAGAGGUUAUCCCAGCAGAUGAUGAUGAACCAUGCAAAAAAUGUGGCCUUCCAAACCAUCCUGAACUAAUUCUUCUGUGUGACUCUUGUGACAGUGGAUACCAUACCGCCUGCCUUCGCCCUCCUCUGAUGAUCAUCCCCGAUGGAGAAUGGUUUUGCCCACCUUGCCAACAUAAAUUGCUGUGUGAGAAAUUAGAGGAACAGUUGCAAGAUUUGGAUGUUGCCUUAAAGAAGAAGGAACGUGCUGAACGAAGGAAAGAACGUUUGGUGUAUGUGGGUAUCAGUAUUGAAAACAUCAUUCCUCCACAAGAGCCAGAUUUUUCUGAAGACCAAGAAGAGAAGAAAAAAGAUUCAAAAAAAUCCAAAGCAAACUUGCUUGAAAGGAGAUCAACAAGAACACGGAAGUGUAUAAGUUACAGAUUUGAUGAGUUUGAUGAAGCAAUUGAUGAAGCUAUAGAAGAUGAUAUCAAAGAAGCUGAUGGAGGAGGAGUUGGCCGAGGAAAAGAUAUCUCCACCAUCACAGGUCACCGCGGGAAAGACAUCUCUACUAUUUUGGAGGAAGAAAGAAAAGAAAAUAAACGACCCCAGAGGGCUGCUGCUGCUCGACGGAAGAAACGCCGGCGACUAAAUGAUCUGGACAGUGACAGCAACCUGGAUGAAGAAGAGAGUGAGGAUGAAUUCAAGAUCAGUGAUGGAUCUCAAGAUGAGUUUGUUGUGUCUGAUGACAACCCAGAUGAAAGUGAAGAAGAUCCACCAUCUAAUGAUGACAGCGACGCUGAUUUCUGUAGCCGUAGACUGAGACGACACCCCUCCCGGCCAAUGAGGCAAAGCAGGCGUUUGCGGAGAAAGACCCCGAAGAAAAAGUACUCUGAUGAUGAUGAAGAGGAGGAAUCUGAAGAGAAUAGUAGAGACUCAGAAAGUGAUUUUAGUGAUGAUUUUAGUGAUGAUUUCAUAGAAACUCGGCGAAGGCGGUCAAGGAGGAACCAGAAAAGACAAAUUAACUACAAAGAAGAUUCAGAAAGUGAUGGUUCCCAGAAGAGUUUCCGACGUGGCAAAGAAAUAAGGCGAGUUCACAAACGCAGGCUUUCCAGCUCAGAGAGUGAAGAGAGCUAUAUGUCCAAGAACUCUGAAGAUGAUGAGCUAACUAAAGAAUCAAAGCGGUCCGUUCGAAAGAGGGGCCGAAGCACUGGUGAGUAUUCAGAAGCGGAUGAGGAGGAGGAAGAUGAAGGCAAACGAUCCCGGAAACGGCUACACCGGAUUGAGACUGAUGAGGAGGAGAAUUGUGACAAUGCUCACAGAGAUGCAGAUCAGCCUGCCCGUGAGAGCCAGCCCAGGGCCUUGCCCUCAGAACCAGAGAGCACCAAGAAGCCCUACCGAAUAGAAAGUGAUGAGGACGAGGACUUUGAAAAUGUAGGCAAGGUGGGGAGCCCAUUGGACUAUAGCUUAGUGGAUUUACCUUCUACCAAUGGACAGAGCCCUGGCAAAGCCAUUGAGAACUUGAUUGGCAAACCAGCUGAGAAGCCUCAGACCCCCAAGGACAACAGCACAGUCAGUGUAAGCCUGGCUCCCAAUGGGACAGGUGGUGGGCAGGAGGCAGGGGCACCAGAAGAGGAAGAAGAUGAGCUUUUGAGAGUGACUGACCUUGUUGAUUAUGUCUGUAACAGUGAACAGUUAUAAGACUUUUUUUCCAUUUUUGUGCUAAUUUAUUCCACAGUAGCUCUCACACCAGCGGGCCAGUUAAUGAAAGUUGUUUUAUUUUUCCUAGAAAACUCCACUACAGAAUGACUUUUUAGAAGAAAAAUUUCAACAAACCCUGAAGUCUUUCUGUGAAGUGACCAGUUUUGAACUUUGAAGAUAAAUAAUUGCUGUAAAUUCCUUUUGAUUUUCUUUUUCCAAGUCCAUGGUCCUUGGUAAUUUCAUUCAUGGAAAAAAAAAAUCUUAUUAUAAUAACAACAAAAGAUUUGUAUAUUUUUGACUUUAUAUUUCCUGAGCUCUCCUGACUUUGUGAAAAAGGGUUGGAUACGAAUGCAUUCCAAAUCUGUGAGGGCCCAAAACAGAAUUUAGGGUGGGAGAAAGCACUUGUGCUUUAGCUUUUUCAUAUUAAAUAUAUAUUAUAUUUAAACAUUCGUGGCAUAGAUGGUGAUUAACAGACUGUUUAAAAGUUCAAGUCUGUAUUAUUGCAGUUUGCGAAUUGUAGAUAACAUCAUACAUAAAUCACUUAGUAACUGCCUUCAUGAAAUCAACUUGUUUACUAUUGGAGAUAACCACACUUAAUAAAGAAGAGACCGAGAAAGUACCAUCAUAAAGAACUCUAACCUAAGUUUCUGUUUUAGCGGAGUUUCUUGUUUUUAAAAAAAAAAUCAUCUGAAAAGUAUUUGUAUAGUAAAAUGUAUAAUGAAGCUUUG